CUGGUGUGGCUGAAAUAGCCGAAUCCAGUAAUUUGAAGGAGUGUCCACAUACUUUUGUAUAUAUAGUGUAUUUGGACUGAAAUGUCACUGAUCCGUACUUGACCUGUUUGCUUGUGAAACUACUACUCUAACUCUGCUUGGUGUAUUGCAUACAGCUCCAUGCAGAUCAAGUCCCCAUCUGACUCCUCCUGUAUUCCACCUGUGUUAUAUUUCGCUGUAUUUGGCAUCUUUAACAAUAUCUAAGGGGGACGAGAAAUGGUCUACUGCCAUUCAUGACACAGCAGUGACAUCUUGUGGAUAAAUUGAGUACAAUAUUUCAUUUAGUACACAUUUUCUCUCAGAAGGUGGUUGAAAAUGGCAUCUUUACAGACAAUGCCAAUUACAAAUAUUUUUUUUCUCCAGAAUAUCUACUCAAAGGUUAAAAAGUAAAUACAGAAAUAUGAAUCUGUUGCUGGGGAAUUUCGAGUCAUGGUGUCCACUAAAAAUAGUUUCACCUUGCAACAUUGCAUAGUCUGGCAGUCCAAACAGUGCCUGGUCAAAUAUCCCUGUCCAGUGUCCACUCCACACUGUGCUGGUUGGGGGAGGAACUCGACCCCUUUUCCCCUGCUCCUACUUCUCUCCUUGUGCCUGUAUCUAUCUCCCUGGAAAAUGAAAUAUGCUAAUAACAGAGAUAUGAAGCACCCUCUAGUAAGGAUGAGAAACGUUCAUUCCCAGUCCUCUCUGGGGAGUGACACCGACUCGCAGCCUGUCCUGAAAGAAGAGGAGGAAGAGGAGGAGGUAACACUAGAGGAGGAGAAAGAGGCGGAAGAGGAGAAAAAAGGGGACGUAUUGACGGACUCAGAGCUGGAUCCAGAGUUGCCUGAGGAGUAUUCCCAUGGCCUGGAGGACCUGAGGUGGAACCUGAGCUCUCUAGAGAAGGCUGUAUAUCUCAGCCUGCCACCAUGGGUCCAGAGAGCAUUGCUGUGCAACCUCAUGGCUAAAUGUGGUGUAAACAACUCAUUCUUCCCAGCCCGUCUGCUGUCCUACCUGCUGCUGCCCUACAUACUGCCAGCCUCUAUCUUUCUCCAUGUCAACUACAGGGUGCUGUGUUGGCUCCGCCAAGUCCCAGGGAAGUGGCUGUGGCCGGGUGUCGAAAUGGCUGUGCCAUUCCUUCUAAAGCUCUCUCACCCCAGGAAGAACCUCAUGCACAGGUUGUGGCCCUCUGGUCCUGUCAGAUUUUGGCCCGUUGGUCCUGCCAGGUUGUGGCCCUGCAAUCCUAUCAGGUUGUGGCCCUACAAUCCUGUCAGGUUGUGGCCCUGCAAUCCUGUCAGGUUGUGGCUCUACAAUCCUGUCAGGUUGUUGCCCUACAAUUCUGUUGGGUUGUGGCCCUGCAAUCCUAUCAGGUUGUGGCCCUGCAAUCUUAUCAGGUUGUGGCCCCUACGCUUUCUGGCAUCUGCCAAAGAAAAACAUACACAGUUUAAGAGUGCAGAGGAUCCUCCUCCACAGCAGCGCCGUCGCUCCGUCCUGCGGUUCCAGCUGUCCACCACCAGCACCCAUUACACAACCGAGAGCCCCAACACCCCAACCGAGAGCCACCCUGACCCCCUGAGCUUCUCCCUCCUCUUCAACCUGGAACUAGCGAUGGACAACCAGCCCAAUCAGCCCAACAACCAGUCUCUACUCCACCAUAGCAAGAGGCUGCUGCCACUGGAGUAUGGCCCCUGCAUAAAGAAAGAGGCCCUGGCCUCCCCACACAUCUCCUACAUGGGGGUGGAGGAAGAGGAGGAGAGGAUGUCUCAGGGAGGGGAUGAGGUGGAGGAAGGGUUAGCUCUCCUCCCCAGCCUUCCUGUGGAGUGUGCCAAUACUGGCUACUAAUGUUGGCUGACUUUAGGGUCAGGAGUUUUUCCCUGAUCGGGUCACAUGGUUAGGAAUGUGAUUUUCUCAGCAAAUGAAUAGCAGACCUAAGUCUGCCUGUAUCCAAUUCACAACUAGUUUGUACUUUGAAGUAUAAUGUAUGUUGAACCAAAUUAGUGAAGUCGACUCUCAUGUGCCGCAUGAGGCAGUAAGCACAAAAGCUCUCUUUCUACUACGCCCUUCCAUUCUCACUCCAGUAUGCACAAUGACUGGAAGGAAUGAUGAAUAGUGUAGAGUCCCUCUUAGUCACGUCACAUAGUCAAAACAACUCCCUCAUGUUCCUUAUCAGCUGACUUCCAGGUAAAGUAGUAGGUAUUACGUUAUCAGCCGACUUCCAGGUAAGGUAGUACUUAUAUUGUAUUAGAUUUAUGUAUUUUAUGAAAUUGUAUAUGCAGCGCUUGAAAGACACUGGUCUCAAUGGUGACUCCCUAAUUAAAUAAAGGUAAAUAAUGUCCACAGGACAUGUAUUACACCUCAACUAGUUUAAUCAAAUUACUUUCAGGUAUUUGACCGCGGGUAUUGUUCAUCAAGUGAGUGACAGUCCUAUGAGUGGGGGGCUACCCGGCAGAGAUGAAAACAUCAUCUUGAACGGAGAACUCCAUUCGCCCACUGGCGGUAGGAAUUUACAGCCUUGGGCAUAAGAAAGGCGGCAAAUAGCAAGCACAACAUUUUUUCCUAUCUGGUUACUAUCAGUGUUUGAUAGGAUCCUAAUAAACACCAUUAUUUUGUUAGCUGAAUAGUAAUACCUUUGGAUUGAGACAAUGUUAAGCCUUUUAACCUUGACCAGCUGUUUUGCUGAGGUUGAGUGGAACUUAGUUCAUUUAAAUAAAAGUAGUUAACAAAUGAAAA